AAAUCAGGACAAUACGGAUUCAAAUUAGACGGUUUAGAAAGCAUCUCAGGGUUAAUGACAAAUUUUUGAAAAUUCUAGACAAAGGGCGACUGCAGUUAAGCUCCUGAAUUCCCAAAAUUACAUUUGUACUAUUACAUAGUUUUGUUGAGUAAAAGUAAGUGACCCUAAACUUUUAGACACUCGUGUACAUUCGUACAUUUCUUAAGAAAUUUGAUGAAGAUUCACUAAAGCGAAAAGGCUGAAGUCCCGCCCCGUUUUCCUGAAAAAUUCCUUCCGAUCCAAUCAGGAACGUCGCGCUAAGAAAAACAGACAUUUCCAUUGGCCGGCAGAGAGCGGGUUUCAAGGCGCCCCGUGGAGAAGCGCCAGUGACUCUGAAUGAAGGGCCGAUUGAAACCGUUUCAUCACUGAGGCAAUGUGUAGUAUCAACUUCACACAGACAGACGGAGAAUCAACAGGAGGAAAGUUUCUUACAUUGUGCCUAAACGGAGAAGAGGCAGAUGUUUGCGAGCUUUGCCGAUGAAAUAUGCGGAGGAGUGUGCAAAAAACACUCACGAAGACGGGAACGCAAGUGAACUGCUGAAAAGUUUGUGAUUCGCCUCGAACGAGUCAUUCAGCGCGAGCUCGAGGGUCAUUCGAAUCCUGCACGCUCCAAAUCUAACGUUACGCGAGAUAAAGCGAUCAAUGAUGGCGGUGCGGGGAGGCGCGCCGUGCGCUGCGGUGGCGCGCUGCGCGUUCGUCUGCGCGCUUUUGUUGCUGUGCUGCGGCCAGUAUCACGGAGAGAAGGGCAUCUCCGUCCCCGAGCACGGCUUCUGCCAGCCCAUAUCCAUCCCUCUGUGCACGGACAUCCAGUAUAACCAGACCAUCAUGCCAAACCUCCUGGGACACACCAACCAGGAGGACGCAGGACUGGAGGUGCACCAGUUUUACCCGCUGGUCAAAGUUCAGUGUUCUCCGGAUUUGAAGUUCUUCCUCUGUUCCAUGUACGCGCCAGUGUGCACGGUUCUAGAACAGGCCAUCCCGCCCUGCCGGUCACUGUGCGAGCGCGCCAGACAAGGAUGCGAGGCGCUCAUGAACAAAUUCGGCUUCCAGUGGCCGGAGCGCCUUCACUGUGAGAACUUCCCGGUGCACGGCGGAGAUAUCUGCGUGGGACAGAACAAGUCGGACCCUGGCGUCCCGACGACGGACCCCACGCCAUACUUGCCGCACCCCUUCACCAUGCGUUUCAAUCCGGAACGGCCGAGUCAGGCGUUCGCCUGUCCUCUUCAACUCACGGUUCCUUCCUACCUCAACUACCAGUUCUUGGGUGCGAAAAACUGCGGCGCCCCCUGCGAGCACAAGCAGCCGCAUGGGCUCAUGUACUUCAAGGAGGAGGAGGUCCGAUUCGGACGCCUCUGGGUGGGAAUCUGGGCCAUCCUGUGCUGCGUGAGUACUCUGUUCACGGUUCUCACCUACCUCGUGGACAUGCGCCGCUUCUGCUACCCGGAACGCCCCAUCAUCUUUCUCUCCGGGUGUUACUUCAUGGUGGCGCUGGCGUACGCCGCCGGCUUCCUUCUGGAGGACAAAGUGGUCUGCAUCGAUAAGUUCAAGGAUGACGCGUACAGGACUGUGGCACAGGGGACGAAAAAAGAAGGCUGCACCAUUCUCUUCAUGAUUUUGUAUUUCUUUGGCAUGGCCAGCUCCAUUUGGUGGGUCAUCCUGUCUCUCACCUGGUUCCUCUCCGCCGGAAUGAAAUGGGGCCACGAGGCGAUCGAAUCCAAUUCCCAAUAUUUCCACCUGGCUGCGUGGGCCGUCCCCGCCAUAAAAACCAUCACCAUCCUGGCUUUGGGACAGGUGGACGGCGACCUCCUGACCGGUGUGUGCUACGUUGGCAUCUACAACGUCGACGCCCUGCGUGGAUUUGUUCUUGCCCCUCUGUUUGUUUACCUCUUCAUCGGAACCUCCUUCCUACUGGCCGGAUUCGUCUCUCUGUUCCGAAUCCGUACCAUCAUGAAGCACGACGGAACCAAGACGGAGAAACUGGAGAAGCUCAUGGUGCGGAUUGGCGUUUUCAGCGUCCUCUACACCGUCCCGGCCACCAUAGUCAUCGCGUGUUACUUCUACGAGCAGGCGUUUCGUGAGCAGUGGGAGAAGACCUGGCACAUGCAGACGUGUAAGCGUUUCGCCGUUCCGUGCCCACCUAACAACUUCGCGCCCAUGACGCCAGAUUUCACCGUGUUUAUGAUCAAGUACCUCAUGACUAUGAUUGUAGGAAUCACAUCAGGAUUUUGGAUCUGGUCUGGAAAAACGCUACAGUCGUGGCGCAGGUUUUACAAGCGUCUUGGCAACAAUCAGGGCGAGACCACGGUGUAAACUGGUAUUUAAAGGAUCAAAAACUGUAACGUGCUGAUGGUGAAAGACACUGCUGCGUGAGCCCAGCGUGAUGCUUUUCUCAUUCAAGAAAUAUGACCAAUGAAAGUGCCCAGAUUUUGCCAACACUUAUAAAAGAAUUCUUGUCAGCUCCAAAGAACACGCGUUUCUCGGAUGGACUACAUUUUAAAAGAUGUCUUUAAAGCCUUUCUGAGAAGUGCAACUCGUGUAAAUGAUGAUUUACUACCCGUUUCUUAUGCAUGGUGGAACGUUAGUGCUGAGUUUUGCUAUUUUAGUUUAAGACAGACUUUUUUUUACAUCCCACAGCGGCCAAAAAUGUGUGCGAUUUAGUCUUGUGCCUUGCAGUAACUAUCAAUUCCCAUUGUUGAAUGGUUUCUUCUCAUAGAUGAAAUAUUUUAGCAUCUCUGCACAGAUGGCCAUUUAUUUCGGUUUUUGUUCAAUUGAAUGUUCUUCGGUCACAAGUUGCUUAUUCAUCCAUUUUGUCCGUACCAAGUCAGGUCUCAUGAAGUGAUUUUUUAAAGCUUUAUAAAUGUUUAGUGGACAGGAGGAAACGGUACCUGAUUUCAUUAUUUGUAAAUAUCACAUUACUGUCAAAAGAUGUAUGAUGUAUUUAAGCAGAUUAAUUGCAGGUUUAUGGCCCUUUCCACAGUUUCACUUAAUAAAGUGAUUAGAUUUGUAA